UUUCUAUCCACACUGUCUAUAUCUGCCUCUCUCUUUGCUUCCCUUCUCAACAUGAAUCCCAAACUUUGCAAGCGCCUCAAUCUCCCGGGCUCUUCCGGAAACCAUCAGCCACGUUUACUCAACGACAACUUGGAGCAACAAUCGAUGCGCCAACGCGAAGGUUUCUCGCAGGCUUCAAAUCACUCCAAGAUUAUCUUUCCUUGGUAUCUUCUUCAACAUCGCAACUUUCUUCAGACGAGGUGCCCCCCAUUUCUCGAGUCCGCUCAGUUUCUAUGGACGCACAUGACUGGAAAGAUCACGAUCGAACCACCUCACCGGUGGUGAGUCCCGCCAGUAAAACGAUUCUUCCUACGUUGGUUUCACCUCUCUCCGUACAACGUCGCUUGCCCUUUCGCAAACAGAGCUUGCGACUUUCUAGCAAAGCCAAGAAGGAUUGUCUAUCGGACGAUUCCGAUGCUUCAACACAAUCGCACGCGUCUUCUCCAAAAUGUCGCGCUGUGUCCUUCGCGUCGGAUGCCCCGAGCGCCACACCGAGUUCGCGGAAAAAGGCCUUACAAGGACCGACUCCCAAAGGUGUACCGAUGAAGAAGAUUUUUCGAAAAAAGUUUUCUUGGAAAAACUAUCCCGAACUCGAGCAAUUCCUCAUUGCCAACCGCGAAGAAUACUUACGACAUUCGGCGUUGAACUACACCGUUCAGCAGAAGCAGUACAACAACCGCCUCACAUCCCGACUUUUGGAACUAGCGUCCGAGAACGGCUACGUUUUUGACGAGAGAGAGUUUUCGUUUGUCACGGUCCGAGAUCGCAUCCGCUGUUACUUUAAAAGCUACGUCCAGUCUGCCAAGAAGCGCGGUAUUCUCAUGGGCUACGCUGCUCGCAAGGCCGGCUUGUUAUCAUCGGAUGAUCUGGAGAGCAACACAUCCGGGAGUAUUGUGACGCCAGCCACAUCUCUUUAAAACAAGAACAGGCAAUACGUUUCCUAUUCGCUAUCUUCUUACGGAGUCUUUCCAUCGAGCGGCUCUUGCAUUCCUAUUUGGACUUUCAUACUACACUUCAUUCUUUCCAUCAGUCUACGUGUUCCUAGACCCUCCCGGUUUUUUCGGGAUUCUAUACUGUCUGUCUCAUUGCUUUCGUAUUUUAUUGCAUGGUGUUAUAUAUUCAUAUAGUGGCUUUAGUGUUAACGACUAAAUAUCUUGUCAUUUCACGCAACGGCUCUGUCAUGCCGUCGCCGAUGUAAGGUUCCUGAAGUUGCUGGUCCAUCCAUUCUCUUGGCCGGCAACUAACAUAAACAUACAAUGCUGCAUUUCGACUAUUAUUUAAGCUACGCCUCUACACAUUAUCGCGUUUUCCAGGCUGCAAUGUUGUUGUAAAGCUUUUUACUUUGAGGAUAAAGACUGCGGCCAAUGCAACUUCCUGUUUCGGUUGUUAGCUCAAGUAUGAUGUCGGGUCCGUUGUAUCAGUGUCACGCCGUUUGAGGUCGUUGGCAAUAUCUUUGUACUGAAGACAUCCCCGAGGAAGGCUAUUCAUAUGCAUCAAAUGCUUGGCAAGCUGUGCGCAAUACUCGCGAUCGUGCACGGGUGUGUCCAUGGUGUCGGCGUACAAGUUCUCCUGUAGCAGAAUUCCCAGACGAAAUUUUGCAGUUGUGAGGUUGAGGAAUAUUUGUCGCAGCACAAACCGCACUCCAGCUCCACAUGCUACCGAGAAGAAUGCUUGGAACAGAACAGCUCUCGAUCUGCGAGACCAGAAAACAUCCAUCUCGAGCUCCCGGAUACGAGAUUAUCUUACCUGCAUGAGAUCGUUUUCGUUCUGAACAGACCAACGACGUGC